AUGUCGUCAAAUUCGAAGUACCCAAUUCUUGAUGAUAAGCCCAUCAAUCAGUGGAAGGUUACAGAGCUGAGAGAGGAGCUUAAGAAAAGGAAGUUAGCAACCAAAGGUUUAAAGGAGGAUUUAAUCAAUCGAUUGGAUGAAGCUAUUCGUGAGGAAAGGGAGGGUGCUGAGUCUUCCCCCGAACAGGAGGAGGGUGCCGAGGCUUCCCCCGAACAGGAGGAGGGUGCCGAGGCUUCCCCCGAACAGGAGGAGGGUGCCGAGGCUUCCCCUAAACAGGAGGUGGCGGCUGAGGCUUCCCCCAAACAAGAAGAGGCUGCUGUUGAGGCAUCCCCUGAACAGGAGGAGGCUGCGGUUGAGGCCUCCCCUGAAAAGGAGGCUGUUGAGGCUUCCCCUGAACAGGAGGCUGCAGAGGGUUUGGAGAAGGAUGAGGCUAAUGGUUUACAUACUCAAGAAGAUGAGGUAAAAGAUUCCCAGACAGGUAAUAUGGACGCUGAAAUGGUUGAUACAACUUCUGAAAAGGGGAAUUACGGUGUAGAACCAUUUGAAACGGAAAAUGUUGUGAAGGUUCCAGAGGCCGUGGAUAAUGACGGUAGUAAGAGUAUUGAGCAGGAUGCUGUUACUGACCCAGUUGACAAUAAUAAUACCGUGUCUGCCAUGGACGUAGAAGGCGAGCAUGCGGUUUUGCCAGUUGGUGUAGAAUCUGAUAACGCGGGAGAGGAGGUAGUUGCCCAUCCUUCCACUGUAGAGACCACUGUGGAGACUACUGUAGAGACCACUGUUACGGUCACUGAGACUGUAGAAACAGAAGUAGUAGUCACUGGUCAGGAUCCUGAUGGUUCAGAGAAGAAUAAUGAGGAUUCAGCUGCCAAGCUAGAGAAUGAGGAAUCAAGGGUGCAGCUGACUAGUGAGGAGUCAAAGCUCCAGCUGGAGUGUGACCCGAAGCCUACCUGUGAUGUUCUCAUGCCCAUCUCUUCUGCUCCAGAAAACCAGGUAUCUGAGGUCAACCCUAGUUUAGGGUCUCAAGUAAAAUCUGAUUCUUUUUCUACUGAUUCUGUGUCAAUUAAUGAAAAGAAUGAACUAAAGGAUACUAUAAUUGCUAAUAAUGUCAAAUUAGAACAAGAUAAUGUUAGGCCAGAGAUGGUGGAAGAACCAUCAUCCACAAAUGACGUACCUGUUUAUGAUGAAUCGCAUUCGCAUUCAAUGGAUGUUGGUGGAGGGAUGCAUGAAAAAAAGUCACAUGUUGAAGAAAAUAACAACAAUGUUACAAGUCCAGAGUUGAACAAAACCAAUAGUAGUGAUGAUGUAGGGUAUCCAGAAAAGUUGAACUUGGACAGAAGUUCUGGUGAUGAUUCCAUGGAAGAGGACUUGCCUGAGACUAGGCAAUAUGAUUCUAAGUUUAAUGUUGAUGAACUUAGGGACAAAGUCGAGAAUAAUGAAGUUCCUAUGGUCAAUGAAGAAAGCAAACCAAUGGUUGAGGGAGAUGGUGUAUCCGCAAGAAAAAGCGAUACCCAUCAAGAUAUUGACAUUAGUCCUGUUUCCUUGACCGAGAAGCGAAAAUAUCCUGAACAAACAUUAGUCGGAAAUAAUGAGCCUGCAAAAAGGCAACGCAGGUGGAACACUGAUACUAUUAAAGGGUCAGAUCUGCAAGGCACUACUCCCAGACCCGCCAUUACACCCAAGGAUGGACAAAUUACUCUGAAGCGCAGCUUUUCUAGGUCUAAUUCCUCAGCAACUGAUGAUACACCUAAAGAACGCAUUGUUCCUCCAUCACGAAGGACCCCAACUAAUUCCCUCAGGAUUGAUCAAUUCCUUCGUCCAUUUACCCUAAAAGCAGUGCAAGAACUUCUUGGCAAAACUGGGAGUGUCAGCAGUUUCUGGAUGGACCAAAUAAAGACUCAUUGCUAUGUUACUUACUCGUCCACCGAAGAGGCUGUUGAGACACGAAAUGCUGUGUAUAAUUUGCAAUGGCCUCCAAAUGGUGGGCGGCUCUUGGUUGCAGAGUAUGUUGAUCCUGAAGAAGUGAAAAUGAAGCUAGAAGCUCCUCCUACUCCAACUGCCUCUGUAAACAGUGUUCCAACACUUCCUCCCGCACCACCAUCAUCACAGCCGGAGCCUUCCCCUCGUCAGCACAGGGAGCAGCAUCUUCCAGUUGCUCUCCCACCUCCACCACCAUUGUCAAGGCCCGCACCAGUUGCAAGGGAACGACUUCCAUCGCCACCACCCCUUCCUGAGAAAGUGGAACCACCUAUUGUCACUCUGGAUGACCUCUUCCGCAAAACCACAGCAACUCCUCGUAUCUAUUAUUUACCUUUGUCUGAAGAGCAAGUUGCUGCAAAACUUGCCGCACAGGGUAAAAGUACGAGGCAGUAG